GUAAGACCCUGCUUCUAAAACAAAGAAAAUCAUAUGGAAGAAAAAAAUAUAUUGACUAUUUAUUAAGAGGAAAUGGACUAUCAGAAAAGUCUUGACCUUUGUCAUCUUCACAAUGAGUACAAUAAGGAGGAGGAGGACAAGGAGGAGGGGGUCUUGCUGUCUCAGGGGUGGCUGAGGUGGAAUAAGAUCUACUUACAAGUGGACCUUCACAGCUCAACACUUGUUCAAGGGCCAACUCUAUAUUUCAAAAUAGCUAGAAGACAAGAUUUAGAAUGUUCCCAACAUAAAAAAAAAACUUUUCAGUUUGAAAUAAUUUUAGACUUACAUAAAAGUUUUAAAAAUAUUUCUUAGAAUUCCUGUACACCCUUCACCCAGACUCCCCUAACGUUAAUGUCUCUGUACCCAGAGUUCAGGGACCAAAACUAUGAAAUUAGCACUGAUACAAUAAUUCUUAAUACUAAGAAAUAGUUAUUUUUCAUAUUCUCCCAGUUUUCCAGCUAAUGCCUUUUUUUUUCUGGUCCAGGAUCCAAUCCAAGAUUUCAUCUUGCACUUGGCCUUGCCUCCUUGGUCUCCUCCAGCCUCAGAUGGCUCUUCAGUCUUUCCUUGUUUCUUAUAACCUUGGCGAUUUUGAAGAAUUGUAGGUUUUCCCCUCAAUUUGAGUUCAUCUUAUGGUUUCCCCUCAUUAUUUUGAGUAUGCAUUUCUGAAAAGAACAUCAUAGAAGCAAUGCACUCUGCUCAGUCCAUCAUAUCCAAAGGUACGUGACAUCAAUAUGCCUCAUUACUGGUAUUAACUUUGCCAGCGUGGCUAAGGUCAGGUCUGCUGGGCUUCUCCAUUCUAAAGUUUGUAUCUUUCUCUCUGUAAUUAACAAUAAUCGAGGGCGGGAGGAGAUACUUUGAGACUAUGCAAAUAUCCCAUUUACCCUGAAACUUUGGCUCAAUUUUAUUGAUAUCCAUCAGCAGAUCAUGUCUGCAACAAUUACUGUGGUGUUCUAAGAGUGAUUUUCAGCGGCAGCUGAAGGCUGGUGAGUCAGAGUCACAAUGUUCCAGAUCCAGGGCCUUGUGCAGAAGCUGGAUAUAGAGGGGAUGAAAUGGAAGGUGUGUGAGGAUGUGAUCUCCUCCAUACGGAACUUCCUCAUCUACGUGGCCCUGCUGCAAAUCAUUCCUUUUAUCUUAAAGAAAUUGCACAGCAUAUGAAGAUUGAGUAUCACAUGUGAAUGUAUAAUAUGCAGAACCUGGUUACAGUUUCUACAACUCUCUGCAAGCAAA